AUGAUAGAAAAAAAAAACGUAAGGAAAACUUGCACGGUAGAGCAUACAACUACGAUGUACGGACCUGAGGCUUUUUUUUUUCUCCAGGUUACUGAUACCGAGGCCAAAUAUUAUAAAUACCUUGGAUUUAUCAUUGUCUUUAUACGCAUAUUUUCCUAUUGUACUUCGAGUUCCUGCAUAGUAAACACAAUGUUAAGAAGAUUCUACAGUUCAUCGAUUAAGUCGAAUUUACAGACACUCUCUGUAAUAAAGAAUCAAGAAUUGAUCAAAACUGUCCCAUAUAUUGGUGGUGAAUUUAUUUCUGCUAAUGGUCCAAAGUUCGGAGUGACUAAUCCAUUUGAUGGCACAACAUUAACCGACGUUACAGCUACCUCUGAAUCGCAGCUGAGCAUAGCAUUUGAAAAUACGGCUACAUCCUUUGAGGCAUUCAAGAAAACUACUCCAAGGUGGAGAAGCAGAUUAUUACGCAAACUGAAUGAUGCAAUCUUAGCCAAUGCCGAUGAUUUGGCUAAGCUCAUGACUUUGGAAAAUGGAAAACCAUUGGCUGAUUCAUUGGGAGAAGUGAAGUAUGGAGCUAGCUUUAUGGAAUGGUUUUCGGAGGAAGCCCCUAGAUUAAACGGUGAGAUUAUUUACUCCAGUGAUCCUAGAAAGAGAAUUUACGCAUACAGGGUCCCUGUUGGUGCUGUUGGUAUUUUAACUCCGUGGAAUUUUCCCUUGGCAAUGAUCACCAGAAAGUUAGGUGCUGCAAUUGCUGCUGGAUGUACAACUAUAAUAAAACCCGCUGCGGAAACCCCAUUAACAGCCUUGGCAUUUGCAAAGAUAUGCGAGGAUGUUGGAGUUCCAGCGGGGGUGGUUAAUAUUGUCCCUGUUGAAUACGAAAGAACACCCGAGUUUGGUACAAGAUAUUGCGAGUCGCCUCACUUAAGAAAAAUCAGUUUCACUGGAAGCACAAAAAUCGGAAAGCUCCUUUACCAGCAAAGUGCUAGUACAGUAAAGAAAAUGUCGAUGGAAUUGGGUGGUAACAGUCCUUUUGUUGUAAGCAACAAAAUCAAUGACUUAGAAAAGGCUGUAGACGGAUUAAUUGCAGCAAAGUUUAGAAGUUCUGGUCAGACAUGCGUGUGUGUCAAUAGAGUAUAUCUACAUGAUGCCAUCUAUGAUGAUUUUGUCAAAUUGUUACUAGAAAAAUUAAAACGGAAUACAAGACUGGGACCUGGUAUGGAUCCGAGCGUCACCCACGGGCCUCUGAUUCAUGAGCGUGCUUUAAAUAAAGUCGCAGGUUUGGUAGAUGAUGCUAUCUCCAAGGGUGCCCAGGUCUUGCUGGGUGGUAAAAAGAGACCUGAUCUUGGACCUAACUUUUAUGACUUAACGGUUUUAGGAGACGUUACUCCAGAAAUGAAGAUCUACGAAACCGAGAUUUUCGGACCAGUUGCUUCUCUCAUCAGAUACAGUGGGUCAAUGGAAUCCCUACUUUUACAGGCAAAUCGCAACAGUGAAGACGUCGGUCUUGCGGCAUAUGUAUUCAGCGAUGAUGUGAAGGAAUGCCGCAUUGCACAGGAAGGACUUGAUUUUGGUAUGGUCGGAAUUAACACCGGACUUAUCAGUGAAGCAGCUCUACCAUUUGGCGGAGUAAGAUGCUCCGGUUUUGGCCGUGAGGGAAGUGUUUAUGGUAUUGACGAAUACACUGUCGUCAAAAGUAUUGUUGAACACGUAUAA